AUGAAUACCACCGACUCAUCGGCGACGUCUCCGACAGGCCCCAGCAACGUCGGCCUAGGCCAAGAGAUAGGCUCUUCAUUGUCACGCUCGUCUACUCAUGCAGAUUCGGCCCUGCCAUCGUCUGCCGGCAGCAGCGGGUCCCGCUCGAGCUUCGGAUCCCGAAAGCGUGGCGGGAACCAGCAGACCCAGCAACAGCUUUUCAACGAAACCACUAACCUCUUCAACGUGCCUGGCUCCUCGGCACGCAACUAUCAAGCCACUGAGACGCCGGCCCCGCUAUAUGCACAGAGUGACCAACCCAGGAAUGAUACGACGAACCAUCCCGCACCAAGCAAUGGUGUGAACCAAAUUAAUGGCAGUAGCUGCAACUGCAACUGCAACUGCAACGCCCAGAGCCAACCGACUCAGACGCCAAAUGAGCCUGAACUGUCCUGGAAGAGCCGUCUGAUAGAUAUAUUUGGCUCCCUGGAACUAGAAAAUAAGGGCAGUGUUGCUCGUGACCACCUGGCAUUAGAACGAACGUUCCUAGCCUGGAUGCGCACAUCCCUUGCCUUCGCAUCAAUAGGCAUAGCAGUUACCCAGCUCUUCCGUCUGAACAGCGCAAACGAAACAGCAACUACAAAAUCUCUCACCAACCCACCUUCCGUGCUCCCCCACUACUCUUACGGCAUCCUCGACACAGCCACUACCCCCUCAACCCAAAACUCCUCCCGCCUCCGCAGCGUCGGAAAACCCCUCGGUUCAACCUUUAUAGGUGUUUCUAUCCUAAUUUUGAUCGUGGGCUUCCACCGCUACUUCGAGAGCCAGUACUGGAUCGUCCGAGGCAAAUUCCCUGCUAGUCGGGGCAGUAUUGCUCUGACAGCUUUUGUGGCGGCUUCGCUGAUUAUUGCGGCGCUUGCGGUGAUAUUGGCGGUUUCCUCCGGUGCUACUGAGACCUAG